UAUUACGCAAUGCUACUGAUAUUAAAAAUGAACGAUCAAAAUAAUGAUAACAAUUUAAUAUCUUUUCUAAUGUCUCGACAUCGGCUAUUACAGUUUGACAAAGUCGAAACUUCACAAUUUCGUUUACGAGCACCUAAAAUUUCAAGAAAUUUAUCUUCAAAUAAUAAUGAAGAUACUUUAACAAAUUUACAUAGCCCUUCAUUGCAAAAUGAUAGUAAUAGCGAACAAUCUAGUUGUAGCAACUUUAAUAUUGUUGAAAAUUUUAAUAAUGAUGAUUUACAAUCAGGCUAUGAUGAAUCUAAUAACGAUAAUUUGGAUUUGGAUAAUAUUCAAUAUGAAAAUGAGAGUUACGAUACUAAUUUAGAAAGCCAAGACGAUAUUGAAACAAUUCUUACCGAUACUGAUAGUUCGUCUGAAAUAUUUGAUGAUACAAACUAUUUAUUGUGGAAUCAAGAAUGCCAAUUCGGUGCUUUUGAAAACUUCACGACUAUGGCAAUGUUC